AUGAACUCCAACGAUCCUUCCGUGCUUAUUACCCAACUCAACGAUCUUCGUGAGAAGCUAUCAGGCAAUGACAAGGGCGUAAGAAAAGAAGCCCUGCGACUAAGCCAGAAGCUCGCAGCAUCGCUCGAACGACCGGAAGAUGUGGCAUUCGGUCUGGCUUAUUUGCCUUUCCGCUCUAUGGCGGCCAGAAUUGCUGUUGAUCUUGAUCUCUUCAAACUCGUCGUAAGCCACGAUGAUGGUAUUACUUCUAAAGAAUUAGCCUCGCUUUCGGGUGGGGAGGAACUAUUGAUUAUUCGGAUUCUGCGGUUCUUAUCGUCCAUAGGUAUUAUCGACGAGACUGGAGAAAGAGCAUGGAAACCUAACCCAAUCACGAAGGCCAUGGCUACAGAAUGGAUCACCGCAACGCACAGAGUGAUUGGAGGGGUUGUAGUUGAGGGAGCACAGCAGGCGCCGAAGUAUAUGCGGGAAAAUGGCUACCGCUGCCCCGUGGACCCUCACGACGGCCCUGUGCAAUAUGCAUUCCAAACGAAACUGAACACGUACCAGUUGAUGAGCUCUAUGCCGAAUGCCGUGAAGGAUUUUAACGUGUUCAUGGAGAAUAGAAUGAGGGUUCGAAGUAGAUGGCUUGACUGGUUCCCAGUUAAGGAAUACCUACUCAAGGGAGUGGACGUUGAUAAGCAGUCAGUACUCCUCGUGGAUGUUGCCGGUGGAAACGGUCAUGACUUACUAGAGUUCUAUCAACGAUUCCCACAUAAGCAAGGGCGCCUCAUCCUCCAGGACCUUCCUCCAGUAAUAGAUGGUAUAAAGGGCCUUGACGAAUCUAUAGAGCGUAUGGCCUACGACUUCUUCACGGAACAGCCUGUGAAAGGGGCACGGUGCUACUUCUACCAUCAUAUUUUGCAUAAUUGGUCUGAUGAGCCAUGUUUGAAAAUCCUGCAUCGAGUCAAGACCGCUAUGAAACCUGGCUAUUCGAAGUUGUUACUCUAUGAGAGGAUCGUACCAGAGCAAGGCGCGCCAGCUGAUCACUCUCGUUCUGACGUGGUAAUGAUGACCAUUACCGCAGGAAUGGAAAGGACUGACAGCCAGUGGCGAGAAUUACUUGAGAAGGCUGGGUUUGCGAUUUUAAAUAUUUGGCCUCCUGUGGAGGAGGAUGCUGAGGGUAUCAUCGAAGCCAUGAUUAUGGGCUAA